AUGCGUGAUUCAACGGGCUAUUACAUCAGCGGCAUUUUUCAGCAACGGUCUAUUCUGGUGAAGAAGUUCCAUUUUUCUGGUAACGGAGACAAAUGGGCGUCCUAUGCUGUCAACGACAUAGUAGUCACGGUGCUGAUGAACCACCACAAAAAUGUUAUGAAGGUCUUGGGUUGCUGCUUAGAUUUGAAAGUUCCUGCUAUUAUCUAUGAAAUCGGGAUCAAUUAUGGACUUCUGGAUAAUAUUGGUAGAUCACUCUCUUGGAGUAAUCGACUAAAAAUCGCAAAAGACAUUGCAAAUGCUCUUGUUUAUCUUCAUACUGCAUUUCCCACACCUAUCAUCCAUACAAAUCUAAGCACCAAAAGCAUUGUCAUAGACAGUAAUGGUGUUGCUAAGCUUGUCGAUUUCUCACUCUGCGUAGCAUUGCCUCCAGGAGAAUCACAGGUGAAAGUAGAUACUAUUGUAUGGGCGACAGGAUCUCUUGAUAGCGACUAUUUGACAAGAGGCAUUAUCACGGAAAAAAGUGAUGUCUACAUGUUUGGAUUUAUUCUCCUUGAACUCUUAACUGGUCAUCGCCCUUUCCAAGUAGAUCAUAAAUAUCAUCCUUUAGCGGAGUAUGUAAAAAACCUCGUUGACAAGAAUGAGUUGAGUAAAAUUUUGGACCCAAUAAUUUUAGAGGAGAGAGGCGAAAUAGAGCAUCAAUUGCAGGCUUUCACGAGACUUGCUUUGAGAUGUACUGUUAAAAGAGGAGCAGAUAGGCCAUACAUAAUGGAUGUGGCAAAAGAACUAGUAAGGAUUCACAGGUCUGUUCAUCCAAUUUAG